AUGUUGAAAAAGUACUCUUCAAUAGCCUAGAUGCAGCAAGAUAGUGUCAAAUCUGAUAGGUAGUAUCCCGUUUUGAAUAAGAUUUCUGUUUGCAUAUCGUAACAAUGUCUUUGAUCUAACACAUUUUGUAGAUGAUCACCCUGGAGGAAGGUUCUCUCUCUAAACCUUCAAGGGCAAAGACUUAGAGAAUGUACCUUCAUUUAUUUUCAAUUCAGAUUCUAUUUAAUGCAUCCAUACACAGACACUAACCCUCAGUACUCUCCUCUCUUGAGCAAUAUAAAUGUGGUGUAAUUGAAACCAAAAAUCCUCAAGAUGCUAAACCUAAGCCUUAAGUUACUGCCACAACCAAAUCCAACACUCCUUAGAAGAAUGACCAAAUCUGCAAAACCCAAAUGUCGGACGACAAGACCAAUAGAUCAAAUAUCACCUCAAAAUCUAAAGUCAGUAUUUAAUAGUAGAGCAAUAUACUGUCAUCUGAUUCUAAUUAAAUAAAGAAAUCAAACUUAAAAUAAAAUUCAAAAACCAAAUCUAUCAAUAAGAAUGAAAAUAUUAUUGCAGAAUCAACUACAACUAUUAAAUCCGAUCGAAAUAUCUUAAAUCAAUAAAAGCUUUAAGAAACACAGCAAACCUAACUUGUAACGAGUUCACUUUCUUUAGCUUCUAAUCAAAAAAUUUCACUUCUAUCCCCACAAAUUAUUCAUGAAGAAGAUGAAUCCUAACCUUCUCCGCUAAAUAAUAAAGUAGAAAAAUUUGAAUGUGGAUUUAUUCCAGAAGACAUAGUGAAUUUAAAAGUUCCCAUUUUAAAUUACUAACUUACUGGAUAUCUUCGGUAGAAACAUACCCUAUAAAAUUGA